ACACGACACAGCGGGGCAAAGGACCCACAAGGUACAGCCAAAAUGGCCGCCCAACCUAGACCUACCAAGCAGAGCAACCGUUCUAAAAUGCAUAUGUCCCCAAUAGAAAUAUUUGACCAGCUAUGCGCAGGCCUCAGGGAAGCCCUGCAAAGCCGAAGGGCAACACACCGACAAGCUGACCUAACAGUGGCCUCGUGGAUUAGGCCAGCGGCGAGAUGCAACUAUUACAAGCAGGUACCCGAGCAUCUAAGAUGGCCGUCAGGCAAAACAGAUUCCAGAGGGCCCUGAUAAGGGAAACUGCAACACAUCCCUCGAACACUCGCUCUCACCCGCACAUGAGCAACACAGGGACCUCAAAGCAAGCGACGCACUCAAAGAAACCGCCUGAUUUUGAUUUUGAUUUUGGUCACCAGCACAGCACCAAGCACCUCUCCUCGACCACGGCUGCAACACAAGCGGCUAGGACACUAAACAUCAUGAAGAGGCCUACCGGAGCCGACCCCUGCAGAGGAGACACCAAACCCUGCUGACAUUAUGAAGGGACUAGCAACAACAGUCCACAGGUCUUACUGGCGCUGGGUAUAGGCUGAAGCGUCUGCCAUAUUGCUUCACAAGGGUUUUCACAUCCUGGUCUGCCGCGAGCGCUCACGACAGCCGAAUACAGAGACCCAGAAGCCUAAUACAAGACCCACACAGACUAUACCCCCAUGUCAUCACGGACUUGUGGUAAAAAACACUACUAAUGCUGAAACCGCUCCAGAGGGUUCAACGAACAGUAAAGCUCAGACAAUGCAGUUAACACUUAAGUUUAGAUCAUACAGCGAUGUUACUUUAAAUUUUAAGCAAGACUUUGCAAUAUUUUUUGUCUUUUAAUACCUCGCAGCCUAUGUACGUUCAGCACAAUAUGUAUAGAUAGCAUACACAGGCCAAACUAUAGACACAUUGCAAGACAAACCACUGUUUUAAAAUUACAUUGACACACUUAACUUAGCAUUGUUAAGCGUCAGUUAUCUUACUUUAUUUAAUCUUGACAUAAAUAAUGUUUAGCCAAGCUUGAUAUACACACGUAAAUAUAAAAAUGUGCAAAUAUUCAUGCCACCGUUUAACCUCUAUUACUCUUGUGAAACACUGUUAUGGUAUAUGU